GGUAGUUAUUAAUGCCUCUGUUUUGACCCUGGUAUACUUUUCGUUUCGUAGGGAGGAGUCAGGCGUUAGUUUUAUUUAAGUGACAUGAUUAUAGAUCAGAAAUUCUGCAGCAUCUAUCGUACCAUGUAUCCAUAAUGUAGUCAGUGUAUGUUAGUGACAUAAAGCUAUUGGUCAUUAACCAGAUAAUUUGCAAUAAAAGAUCGAAGGAAACUGGCGGAACAGGAAGGCGGAACAACAGCCUCUGUCUCUGCUGAGACUUGUUCACCUGAGCUGAUGAGGCAAAACUUCAGGUCGUCAUUCAGGAAUUCAGGACCACAGAAUCACAGACGAAUCACAAGGCAAAACAAAUAUAAGACUGUCCAUAACAAAAACUCUGUAUUGGUUGUUUACACAACCUUUUCACGUCUUCCAAUUCAGAAGUAAGAAAUUCACCUGAAGUGUUCAAACUAAUCACUAGCCACCGUCACCGCUUGCAACCAUGUCCCUGGGCCUGAAACAAGUCUUCAACAAAGACAGGACAUUUCGUCCCAAACGCAAGUUUGAGCCCGGGACACAACGCUUUGAACUGCACAAGAAGGCUCAGGCGUCUCUGAACGCCGGGUUGGAUCUGAAGCAGGCUGUGCAGCUGCCCCAUGGAGAGGACCUCAAUGACUGGGUGGCUGUCCAUGUGGUCGACUUCUUCAACCGCAUCAACCUCAUUUACGGCACCAUCAGCGACUCCUGCACCGAUCAAACCUGCCCUGUCAUGUCUGGUGGGCCCAAGUAUGAAUACCGUUGGCAGGAUGAGCAGAAGUACAAGAGACCGACUGCACUGUCGGCCCCCAAAUACAUGAGCCUGCUCAUGGAUUGGAUUGAGGUGCAGAUCAACAAUGAGAACAUCUUCCCAACCAAUGUUGGUACUCCUUUCCCUAAGACCUUCAUGCAGGUGGCUAAAAAGAUUUUGUCUCGUCUGUUCCGGGUGUUUGUCCACGUCUACAUCCACCACUUUGACCGUGUCAGCCAGAUGGGGGCCGAGGCUCACGUCAAUACCUGCUACAAGCAUUUCUAUUACUUUGUCACAGAGUUCAACUUGACGGACCACAAAGAGCUUGAGCCUCUGAAAGAGAUGACCUCUCGGAUGUGCCACUGAAGGAGCACAGCGGACCUGUGGACACACAGACGUGCACAUCCGUCCAUUUAGAAGACUGCAGCAGAGAACUAAAAGAACAAUCAAAUUCAGAAAAGAGUCUAUUUUUAUAUUUAAGUACUGUAAUCUA